AUGCGAAACUAUCAUGAGAAAAUAUUCGACACUGACUUUGACGUCGCUACGGAUACGGCAUUUUGGGAAACCCUCUUUAUUGGCGGUUUAGACAAAUCGUGGAAAAUACCUGACCAGCACCGUUUACAACAGCGGGUUGGGUGGGUAUUGGAGUUCAUCAGAACUGGAUAUCUCCCUCAAGAUGCCCACACUGCCAGCGAUAUUCUGCGAGAAGCCUUGGCGGAUAACGCGCUACAUUUCCAAAUGCACCCAUACAGCUAUCAAGGCAAGCAUUCCACUGCUAGUUUACUGAACCCGGAUCUAUGCCCAAAAUGGGCUCAGGAAUUAUUAAGUGUGAAGGGUGCGUUAGAGAGCGUAGAGACCAGUAUUCAAAGUCGCAUGUACGGAAUUGGCAUCAAAGGAUUUCGUGAUGCUUAUGGCACCUUGAUCUCGAAUCUCUGGGAAGAGUCAGUGUACCAACCAUACCAUCAACAUCAAGAUGGGACACCUCUCGGCGGAGAAGUAGCAGUUUCUUACGAAGGUAGCGACGUUGCCGAAACAACCAGCUUGCCACUGACCGUCCUACAGCCCUUAGACUCAUCAGGGUCUCUCUCUUCGUCCCUCUCUUCGCCCCCUCGUCACCACCGUUCUGAUCUCUACGGUGCAACUUAA